CGGCCAGAUGAUCAGCCAGACAGGAAGAUGUGGUCCAGCGACCAACAGUUGAUAUUUUCCUGCGUCAGCAUCGCUGUCGGGCUGGGAAAUAUCUGGCGCUUUCCCAAGGUGCUCUACGAAAACGAUGGCGGGUCGUUCCUGGUGGCAUACAGCGUGAUGCUCGUUCUUGUAGGCUACCCUCUGCUCUAUUUGGAGCUCAUCUUGGGUCAAUAUACUCGACUGGGACCCAGCGGCAUCACGCGCUGUGUACCUCUCGCUAAAGGUGUCGAAAUAAGUAUCGCGAUGGUGAGCUUGAUCAUCGCCAGCUACUUCCAAGUGAUCCUCGCCCAGUCCCUGCUCCAGCUCUUUCUGUCCUUCACGGAUUUCAAUUUGGCUCCCAUCGCCGGCUGUUACGGAUUCUGGGAGCUCAAGACGGAGACCUGCUUUCUACCCGAGAAACUUGUUUGCGGCUCAGGACAUGCAAUCUACGGCGGCGUCGCGCUCCGCAGCGUCCAGUCGAAGUCACAGAAUCGUUCCCGCAGCUCCACACACCUCAGGUCUUACGGCAUCAAAGACACGACUGCUGGCUGCGUCAACAUUACAGAAACUAUGAACGAACACUUCUUGUAA